GUCACACGUGACAGCCGCAAAACUCUGUUCUCCUGACCAUUGUAAGCGCUGCGGACCUGCGGUGCCGAACUUUCUACGGCCAUAAACAUGCCUGGAAAAUGUAAAUUCCAGGUUGCGUGGCUUUCCAAGGAUAUAUACAAAGACUGGCUCGUCAAAGACCCACAAGACAUUCAGUUGGCCAGAUGCAAAGCUUGUUGCAAAGCAAUUAAACUGCAGACGAUGGGAGAGGCAGCCCUCACAAGCCACGCCGCGGGCUGUGGCCAUAAAGCAGCCGUCCGCAAGCUCGUAGAAGCAACAAACGCAAACGAGGAUGCCCAUGCAAGCGUGUGUCACAUCAUGGUGAUGAAUGUCGCCGAUCAUGUGAAUGGCUACGGCAAUAUCAAGGAUGAGGAGGAGAAGGAGCCGGUGGCUCUCGGCCUGCACCUCAACGCCUUCGACCGGCUGACAGGAAGUGACCCGUCGGCAGACCUGGAGCACAGUGUCCUCGGCGCCAGCUCCGCUUCCCACAACGCCUCGUUCCAGGAGGUCACGUUCCCGACCAGCUUCAUAGACUCGCGCGGCGUGCCGAGCCAAAGCAGUGUCGACUGUGGUGUCCCCAGGGUCCAACCUCCCAACAUCAACCCCCACCACCACCCUCCCCGCCUCCUCCUCCACGCUCCCCAGCAGCCCCCCCUACACCACCGGCCUCCGUCACCAGCCCGACGCCGCUGCGAGGAGCCGGCGCUGCGAGACACGGCGCCCCCUCCCAAGUUUCCUCGCACGCCUCGCUCCGUGACGGCGGCGGCGGCGGCGGCCCUCGCCAGACGGGAGCGGGAGCAGCGGGAGAGGGUGGAGGCCCUGGAGGAGGAGCGGGUGGAGAUGCUGGGGGAGCAGCAGCAGCAGGAGGGGCGCAGGGAGCAGAUGGAGAGCCUGGAGUGGGAGCGGCGCAUGCGGGUGCUGGUGUGGGAGCAGGAGGUGCUGAGGGAGAAGGGCAGGGCGGCCCGGGAGAAGGCCCGGGCCUACCGCAUGAAGAGGAGGUACUACGGGGCCAAGCUGAAGAGGAUGGGCCAGGACGUCCCGCCGUCGUCGUCCUCCGGCAGCGACCAGGACGAGUGGGGGAGCGGCGAGCGGGCGACCAAGGAGGGGGCGAUUGUGUGACGUCACAACGAGAUGGACUUAAAUGUUUUUUUUUUAUUUUUUUUAUUGACUAUAUACCCGUUUGUCUUCAUAAGACAAAUGGGGAAGACUAUUUUUAUAUAUCAUUCGUUUGUUACGUUUCCAGUGAUUGUACCCACUGCUUUAAUGUGCGGGGAAUGUGUCGGUAUCUUGAAACAAUCUCUGACGUUGUUUUGAAGAGAUUGUUGAUUUUGCUGCUGUUUGAAAGCUCCGAGACAAUAUCAAGUUAAUGGAGGACUAUAAGUAUGGUUCUAAAUGAUCUUAAUUAUUGAGGGCAAUAAUUUCAAAAGUCAAUACAAAUCUGGAAGAUUUUAAAUUUCAUGAUUAUAUUGUCAUUUCUUUUUUUAAUACUGUAAUAUAUCAUUGUACUACUUUGGAUGCCCAUAUUGAACUUGUUUGUAAAUGUUUGCCUGGUACAGUUUGAUGGCCUUGUGACAGUGAAACCAUCCAAAGGUUUAAGUUUGAGCAGCAAUGGAUUUUCACAUAUGGGCGUGGCCUGACAUUAAGAAUUUGAGCCAAUCUGAAUAAAUUACUAGGUAACGCCGUUGGUCUCUUCGCUCAUGCCAAAUAGAAUAGUACAUAAGGCAGAAACAUUGAAAUAAGUAUUGUGCAAAUUACUGUUUAUCCUUUAACAUCGUUAUUCAAUCUAUUUCAGAUGAGAGGGAUCUGAUGCUAACUCCUCCCCCUACCGCUGAUUGGUCCAAUUUUACAUUUUUGAGAAUGGCUUCAUCAGGCUCGAGCCGAGACUGAUCUGCGCAAAUCGAGAGAAUGUGAAGUCACAAGCUCAGGAUAAUCCCAAACUGCUAACGGUUUCAAGGCACAAGAUCUAGAAGGCUAAUUUGCGUCUUUUGUCAAAUUGUCUUAACGGUCAUGCUCAAUAACUACAAUCACAGUUGAUGGUUUUGAAAUUCUUAUUAAAAGCAGCUAAAUUGAAAUCAGUUUAUUGGUUAAAUGUUCUUCAGACAUAUGCUAAUGUUUACUUUUAUAUAUUCUUUCGCUUUUUUGGUGGGGGUUCUCAAAACAUACCGGCUUGUAUCAUAUCAGGUCAUAUUUGUAAAGCUUUACGUUUAUGAUUACCUUUGAGAGAACUAACUGUGCCAGCAGGAUGAUAUUUAGUAGGUUGAGAAGGCCUAACUCACAGCGCUUUUAAGUAAUCCAACUUGGACUGCAUGUGAAUUUGAACCAUCAUUGGUUCAACACAAGUUAAUUCAGAAUUAAAGGCAUU